CCGAGCUGCUCUCGUUUCGUCACUUCCUGUGAAGCAGACAGUAGAGCUAUCUGCGACAUUGCAGGGAUGCUGUGCAGGUUAUAGUAGAUGUUUACAAAGUUUUAUUUAAGUUUCUGUCCUCGGCCUUUCUAAUGGAAGAGACAAAAGAAAAGUUAGUGUUCAAAUGUGUUGCUGAGAGGCUGACACUCGCCAUUACGCGAAUACUCGAGAACAUGCCAGGAGUGGUGGAUGUUCGUUUUGCAGAGAGGGAGCCAGCGGAGAAAAGGAGCCUGUUGUCAUGGGAACAGAAAAACUCUUGUAUUUUACCGGAGGAUCUGCGAGACUUUUAUCUGACAACUGAUGGAUUCACGUUAACUUGGAGUGUUAAAUUAGACGACGAGUGUGUUCCUUUAGGUUGCAUGACAAUCAACAGUGUGGGCAGGCUGUGCCCUCUUCUGCAACCGGUAUUGCUUUUCUCCCUUCCUAAUGCACCCUCACUGGCUGAUCUGGACUGGGAGGAGAGCAGCACACAAAGUGGAUUGCCGCAUGUCCCCGUUGCACCUCAUUUUGACGCUCGGAGUCGAAUCUUUGAACUGGAUUCCUGUGGUGGGAAUGGAAAAGUGUGUCUUGUUUACAAAAACUGCACACCAGGCGUGGUUGUUCAGCAAAGUGAAAUCUGGUUUCUGGACCGAUCGCUGUGCUGGCAUUUUUUGACAGCAACCUUUACUGCCUACUACAGGUUGAUGAUAACGCACCUAGGCCUACCUGAGUGGCAAUAUGCCUACACGCCAUAUGGUCCGAGCCCCCAGGCUAAGCAGUGGGCAUCUCUGUACCAGCCUCUGACUUUCAGCUAUGAGCUCAGCCAAGUGGAUUCUGCUGGAGAUUUCUUUGUAAACAAACUGGACCCUGCCACGGCGUUUAAAGGAAAAACCAAGGCACUGCCGCUACCAAAGAAGCAGCCAACCCAGUGCAGCUCAGGAGGUGCUUCCAAGGGCCAAGGCAACACUGGAAGACUGAGUGGAGUAAAGCGUUGAAAGACCUCCCACCCAGUGAGAACGGGAUCUUUUUAUCCUACAAUGCACGGCUUUAACAACUAAUCUGUCUGCUGGCUCUGUAAUUGUAGAGCAUGUUGCUGGAAUUUAGUAUCAUAUACACCCGAAGUUAUCCACAAAAAUGCUUAUUACAAUAAUUUAGCCACAAUAUGCUCUCAUUUUGUUUUGCCUAUAAUGAAACACACUUCUGCCCCUUGUGAAGGCUAAACUCACAGGGUACUUGUGGUGUUUUUAUAAGUCAGCUCUGAUGAAGAUGGCAGAAGGAGGGCAAAAUACACUGGUAGUGAAUAACAUGAUCCUGUGUUUUUGACUCUCAGGAAUUCAGCAAUAUUUUCCCAUAUAGUUCUUUUUCCAAACAUUGACUUCCGUCAGUGCUCCCCAGGGCAGCAAUGUAGCUCACUAUCACCAGUGUGUGAAUGUGUGCGUGCAUGAGUGAAUGACUGAUUGUGUUGUGAAGCGCCUUUGGGGGUUGUAAGACCCAGGGGGUGUGUGAUUUUUACUCGUGAUCAGUAAACAGUGUAAGGUAACCUCCUUGCUCCACAGGAACACAACUCAGCUGAAAAAUGUUGGUGUUGCUGGACAUUUUGUUCAGUUUUAUGGCUUCUUGUCAGUCUCUGAACCAGUAAAUGGCUGCAGGUAGUGAAACAGAAGGCAAGAAAACUCCGGAGCAACCAGUGACUCAGCCCCCUAGCCAAUCAGCGGCCAGAAUCACGUUGCCAGCUCGACUUAGCCUUGCCAGGUACCUCAACAAAGCAGGGGCUAGAAAUAGGGGAGAAAGUAGAGGGAAAAUACGAACCGUGCCCUUGGGAACAGUGGUCGGGCCGAGCUGCAUCGCUCCGAGUUGCUCUGAGUGUUCCUAGAAAACCAUUCUGGUAAUUUAAUCGUGAUUUUAAUAUUGACUAAAACGCCGACUAUGGGUUGUUAAUAUGGUUAUCUUUACUCUAAAAUGAAAACUGUCAUUUCAGUAUUAGGGCUGCAUAGUGGUGCUGCGGUUAGUGCUGUUGCUUUGCAGCAAGAAGGUCCAGGGUUCAAAUCCCAACUUGGGGUCUUUCUGCAUGGAAUUUGCAGGUUCUCCUUGUGUAUGUGUGAGUUCUCUCCAGGUUCUCUAGCUUCCUUACACAGUCCAAAAACAUGACUGUCAGGUGUAUUGGUUUCUUUAAAAUUGUCCUUAGGUGUGAGUGUGUGUGUGUGUUUGGUUGUUUGUCCUGUGUGUCUCUGUGUUGCAACCUGUCCAGGGUGUACCCCGCCUGCAGAGAACCCUGAAGAUCGGCACCAGCCCCCGCGAUCCUGCGUGGACAAGCGGGUUUAGACAAUGGAUGGAUGGGUUUCAGUAUUAAUCAGCCGAGUUGUUGCCGUGCUCUUCCAUUAAUUCCUGAUCGACCAUCUGGCAGCUGGAUCUUGUCCAGAGAUAAAUUUCUAAAAUUUUUGUUCACAUGAUAAUAUUGACUUGUUUUUUUUUUUUUUGUUUUUUUUUAAAUGUGUAUAAUUGAAUGUACAGAUGAUCUGUGGUUGUGCUGCAGCUCCUUCACACUGAGGAGCCAGCGCUUGUAACAUCCUCGAUCCUACUGACAUCUGUAUGAAAUGUGAAUAUCAUUUAUUAUUUAUUGUGAAUUCCUUUACAUGUUCUCCAUAAUUAUAUAAACAAAAUGAGACAAGGCUUGUUUUUCCUCAUUGUCUUUUUUGAAGUAUUGAAUUUUUUUUCUGUACAACAUUUUUUUAUAACCUAAUAUGAAAAUACAAAGAAUCCUUGAACCAUCUGUAGCACAAUUAAACUUUUCUCAGAGAA